AUGACUAGGAGGUCCAACAAGGACAACCUAGUUGAACAUCCAGACAUAGACAAGCUCGAGAAGUUGAUUAGGAAGCAAAAAGCCCAAGAGAUGGCCGACGAAGCAGCUCGCGCUCACGCCGCUGAAGUGGCGCGCGCCAAUGAAGAAGGACGAGAUCCGCCUCCUCCUCCUCCUAAUCCACAAGACCCUGCUGGAGAUGUGAAUGUGCAACCUCAAGCAGGAGUCCAAACAAUCGGAGAUUAUGACUCUGCCGAUGCUUUCUUCACGGAUAGAAACCCUAUCCAUCCACCACUUCCUGCAAGGAAUGACUAUGAGAUCAAGCCUCAGAUCAUAGCAUUGGUUAGACAGAACCAAUUCAAUGGCCUUCCAGCUGAGCAUCCUCUUGAUCACAUAGAAAACUUUGAAGAGAUUUGCAGCACUACUAGAUCCAAUGGAGUCUCAGCUGACUACUUGAAGUGCAAGCUCUUUUCAUUCUCUCUUGGCGACAAAGCUUCAAGAUGGUUGAAGUCUCUGCCAGCUCACUCCAUUACCACUUGGGAUGAGUACAAGGCCGCUUUCAUCAACCACUUCUACACCAAGCAAAGAUCAGUUUCUGUAAGGAACAAGAUCUCCAACUUUCGCCAAGCCAACAAUGAAUCUUUCUAUGAGGCGCUAGACCGAUUCAAGGAGUACAUUAGGGACUGCCCUAAUCAUGGUUUCAAUGAGGGAAACCUAUGGAACAUCUUCUAUCGUGGCAUAGACCACAAGUACAAGCUUUCAUUGGACACUGCAAGCAAUGGAAACUUCAUGACCAAGACUGUUGAUGAAGCUAAGGUUCUUAUUGAGAAUCUUGCAGCUAGUGAUUGUAACAACUGUCCUGAUUAUGACCGCUCAAGCCGCACCACUACUAGCUCCCCUGAUUCUUUUCAAAUGACUGAACUCAAGAACAUGAUGGCUCAAGUUCUUAAGGGACAGCUCAAGCAUAUCAAUGCAAUAGAAGGGAUGAGUGAUGCGAAUGAAGACCCAUCAAGAGAAUGCAUGGGAGAUUUCUCUAAUGAAGCCAAUGAAGAAGAUGUGAACUACAUUGGAAACUAUGGGAACAAGGGAUACAAUCCAAGCUAUCGCCCAAACCCCAACAUGUCUUAUAGGAACCUGAUGUCUUUUGGAGCAUUCUGGAGCAUAUGGGACAUGAGGAGCAUGGAGGGACUUGGCACAUGGAGCAGCUCAACUGGAUACGCAAAGGAAGAAGGGAGAAGCCAUCUUGAAGACCAGCUCGACCCCUACUCGACCAACCGGUCGAGUUCCUCAACUCGACCGGCCAAGCUUCAACUCGAUCGAGCUGAGAAGUCAACAGUCAAACCCGAAAAAUGUUGCUUCCCCCUUGACUUUCCUUUGACCCUAAACCUAAUCCUCUUUGUGUAUGCGAACUCGAUCGAGUCGGUCUACAGAGGACUUGGUCGAGCUAGACUUUACAACGGGUAG